AUGAAUCAUCGACCUAUUGAAGCCCAUAGGAUGCUCUUCUCUCAGCUAUAUCCUGGUGCAUUCACUGAAGUAACAACUCCUCAACAAGGGGAAGCCAAGCCAAGACGCAAGAGAAACAAAAAGAAUAGGGAUGGAGAAAAUGGAGCUGUGGGCACCACCAAGAAGAGAAAGCUCACUGCUGAGCAGGUUAGUCUUCUUGAGAAAAAUUUCAGCAGUGAACAAAAGCUUGAAUCUGAAAGGAAGGACCAACUCGCAUUUGAGCUUGGUAUGGACCCUCGACAAGUUGCGGUAUGGUUUCAAAAUAGACGUUUUCGUUGGAAGAACAAAAAGUUGGAGGAAGAGUACUCCAAUCUUAAGAAUGUUCAUGAAACCACCGUGCUCCAGAAAUGCCACCUUGAGACUCAGGUGUUGAAACUGGAGGAGCAGCUUUUGGAAGCAAAGAAGGAGAUGCAGAAGCUAAAGGAGCGUGGUGAAAGAGCUCCAACCAAACACUCACUGGAAGCUGUGAACCCACCAUUUCUUGGAGAGUUCAGGGUGGAAGAAUGUGAUUACGAUGAUGUUUUUUACGUUCCUGAGUGGAUCAAUCUCUUCAAGUGA